UUUUGGUUUUGGUUCGGCAAUCCAAUUUCUCCGCCCCUCUUCGCGUCUCCGCUCACACGCUCACACAACAACGCUCUGCUUGUGUGGGCGCAGUGGACCCAGAGCUGAAGACGGGAUUGACGACAACAAAGCGAGGGUUAUCGGCACAUGCUCCAAGCACAUGAUGUGUGCAUCUACUUUAAAAAAAGUGGGCUUGCUGGCGCUUCAGGCGGCAUGGGCCGUAGAAGGUUGCUUCCCGGGAAACGCGCCGUCGUACGUGUCCGAGGUCGGAGUGGGGGCAAACACGACAACAACGACGCAGGCGCCGCAGGCGCCGCCCCCUCCACCGCGGCAACAGCAUGGCACGCUGGAACCAGCGCCGGAUGAGAAGGAGCAGAGGGAAAGCACGCACGGGGGAGGGGGGGCAGCGUGGGCGGCGGGAGGGGGGAUGCCUAGGACGGGGUCACGGAUGCUCUGGAGGUGGUUCGCCACGGGGAGCAGGACCGGGGAGAGAGCGCAAAAUCGGGCCGGGGGCCGGGGGGAGGGCGAUGAGAGAGGUCUGGCGACGCCUUUCGUAACCACGCUGCAGGAGAACGCUACCGGGGCGGCGUCAGACACGGGUCAGUGGAGAGGGGCAGGGGGGGAGUUCGGGUUGUCGGCGGACUGGCGGGAGGCACUCUCGGUGCCCGGCGGCGGCGACGACGAGGGGGCGGGGGCGGGGGAGGGCUUGAGAGGAGGAGGCGCCUGCUUGGCCGAGAAGAAACAGGCGGAGGUGCGGGAGAUCUUGGAGAAGAGAGGGACCGCCUCGACGACGACAAACCGGGUGGCUGUCUGUCUCCGCACGAAGGACUUCGCCCGCUUCCUCCCGGAGUGGAUCGCCUUCCACUACGCGCUAGGAGUGGACGAGAUAAUGAUCUACGAUGAUGACAGCACCGACAACACCAAGGAGGUGCUCCGGCCUUUCGUCGAAGCCGGAAUCGUGCGGUACAUCUUCGAAGUGAUCUUCGACCGCAUGACUCAGAUGAAGCCCCUCAACCACUGCCUAGAGCAACACCUUGAGCGUAGAAGCAGAGGCGACGAGGACGCGGCGACGUGGGUGCUGUUCCACGACACGGAUGAGUAUCUCUACCCCUCGGACACAAGCCUCAACAUCCGGGACGCCUUGGAAAAGCACCACAGGACCUGCUGCGCGCUGGUGUCUCGCGUCCAGUACGGCUCCGCGGGCCACGACGAGAUGCCCAGAGGCCUCCUGCUGGAGAACUUUCUCAUGCACAGUCACCCCGGCCAACAGUUCGGCAACGGCCUCCCAAAGGUGAUGGUAAACUUGGACCCGUCCGAGCCGGAGCUAGGAGUAGUCGAGCCCCCGCUGCGGAGCAUGCACAACGCCGAGGGCUGCGACUGCGCAGGUUCCAAGUCCAGCGGCGUCUCCAACCUGCGCAUCAACCACUACCUCGGGAGCAUCGGGGACUACAUGGACAGGACCGCGAGAUACUGGGAGGAGAAGAAGCAGGGCGAAAUGGCCGCGGCGAAGACGGUGCUGCACCGAGACAUUAACGACUACCGGUCGGAUGACAUCGAGCACUGGGCGUGCGCCACGAGAGAGGUCCUCUUCCGAAUCGUUGAGGGCCUGGACCUUGAAAAAGGCGGAGAAAGAGGAGGGGAGGGAGAAGGAGGAGAACAAGGAGAAGUGAAGGCCGUCUCUAAACUCGAGCCUUGACUAGAGGGUUUCUGGAGGGAGUGCUGACUCUCUCGGCUUAUGGGCGUGUGUUUUGCAGACGGAAAACAGUGUAGAUAUGUGCCAAUCGACAUUUAUGGCGUUGGCGUCCCGCAUGUCGUUGCUUCGAUGUUGUGGUUGUUGUUGUGGUCUGUUUUUGCGUUUUGUGACCGGGGCGCAUGUGUGUAUCGUGUCUAAAUGUUUGUGACUGAAAAUCUUGUCUUUCGUCUUUACAAAUAACUGAGUUGCAAUCUUUGACGUAAGAGCUGAAAACUGUUGCUGUGUGUGUCUAGUGAGGAAAAAAUAUCGAACAAACUAUGGUGCGGUAACCACUGCUGGUGCGGCCGGUUUUGCACCCGAGGGCUUCGCAAAGAAACGAAGGAGGCGUCUUGCCAGAGAAUACCGGAGGCAUGUGUAGACCCGGGGUGCCGCAACAUCUUCCUGCGGGGGGGGGGGGNCGAAGCGCCGUGAGAUAUUCGGCGAGUCGCAUGAAGGGUGCGCUGCAUCCUGCUAAGGGUGUUCGGCAUCUUGUGCUUGCUUUCUUGCGUACGGAUGACAGAUGCGUAUGACUUAAUUUAUUUUCAGGUGCUUUCACCUCCUGAGACAGUUAUAAGCACUGUGUAACUGCCUCGAGGGUGCUUGACCAUUUGAACACAACGUGGUGCGAUCAUCCCCCUUGCGCGGAGUGAGGGUGCUCGACACCGCACAAAAUGAUGUGCUCGACCACCAUUAUGGUUACCGCCAAAAAAUGAAAGGUACUGCUUGGAGACUUCUCUAGGUUCCCCUAUUCCUUCUUUCAGCUUGUCAUCCCACCAAUUAACCGAUACCCCACAUCCUACCACCUUCUUUCCCACUAUUCUCUCUGCCGUUGCGUUCACUAUGGACUCCCACCCUUCAAUCACCCUGUCCCCUGCUGCUUGUAGGUCUACCUGUCCGUCUUCGACGCUUCUCAGCAGUUUCCUGAAGGGUUCUACACUACCAGCCAGUCCCUUCUGGAAUUCAUCCCGUGUCCCCUCGUCUCCCAAACGCUCUACUUUCCACCGGAACACUUUCCUCUGUUUCUUACUCUCCAUCUUUCUAGAUCGAUCGGUCGAUGUUUGCCCAUAUGAGGAAGUGGUCAGUCAAACCUAU